UUUCCGGUGUGGGUACACUAUUCUACAAGCUUCGGAUAUAAUCGAAGCUGUAGUUAUGAUUGCUUAUUAUUCGUCACAAACAUCAUAAAAUGUGGCGCUAUAGGAAUAUUUCAAUCCGCUCAACGUCUAAUAUACAUCAUCAGCUCUAUCAGUCUCUUCGCAGAAAGCAUGAGCAAAGUUCAUCAGCAUUAACACAGGGUUAUACGACAGAACAUGCUAGCUCAGAAACCACUGCCGCUCACUGGUUUUUACACAGAAGCACACUCAGUACUCUACCUCAUAAAUCGACAGGGCCAGUUAUCCGUGAAUUAAAAUCAUUUGAUGAGUUCGGGCUGCUUUCGCGAAAUGGGUUCACGAGUGUCCCGCAUACGACGGGUGAAAGGGCAUUUGUGGAUCACUUUUUAAGUCAUGACAUAUCGCCGGUGGUCGAUCUUUCUGCGAUUCCCACUACAGUAGAUUCUUCUGAACUUGGAGGGUCAGUGGAAAGCGUAGAACUUGAGCAGCUAGAGGAACUACUAGACCAGGGUUACGAUGUCUCUGCAGUUCUCAACAGCAUGACUGCAGAUGAGAGUUCUUCGAUUGUGCCAACCACCUCCUCAGCUGUCAUGGAGAGCAUGGAUAGGAAAGGAGAUUGUGCAUCUUUGAAGGGCACUAGACAGGUGCUCUCCGAAACGCAGAGGCGAAGUUUUAGGAACUCUUCGUCGGUAGUCCCGUCAGUCACUCCAUCCGUUCACGAACCUUUACAAUCUCGUUCUGAUAGUUCACCGCGGUUUGAUCCCGAUAUUUACCGAGCAACCAGAGCCACUGCAUCUGAAAUCAUCGAAGCUGUCGAAAACCAGGAUCUUUCCUCCCUUCGAAGUAUACUGAUGGAGAAGCAAUGGCCUGAUUAUCGUAGCAUUGGUCGCCAUCUUGAUAAGCUGUUUGAGCUCGUUAUAAAUGGCUGUCGUGACACUGACGAAGCUAUGCUUUUUCUACGAGAUUUUGCUGCCUCAAAUCGUGGAGCUUUUCUACACGAUGAUAAUGCCAUUCGCUUAGCAUAUCGCAUAACAUGCGAUUCUGGUUCAAUCGAUGCUGCAGUAGAAUCUUUGAAGGUUUUUCGCAACAUGUUCCUUGUCAGACCACCUAUGAGCCGCAGCUCCGCAGUGAAAUGUUUAAUGCUUUAUCAGCUUUACGCAGUAUCAUCUUCAGUUGGGACACUCAAGGAUGCUGAGAGAUUGCACUGUGCUUUGGUCGAUGGAGGGUUUGACGAAAACGGUGAUAUUUUCAUAAGUGCCUUAACGCGGAUGAUGCUCAAGAAAUGGGAUAUCGCACAGGUGUUUGAAGAAUGGCGGCGGUUGUCAGUCAGUUACGGGACAACUUGUGCUUCCGAGCUGAUUUGGGAAAGAUUGCUUGGUUUAGCUGAUCAUCCAAAGAAACAAGCAACAUUGGCUGGGAAAUUGUUAUCGCAUUGUCUGCAAUAUGAACAUCCGUCGGCUACCGUAGCAAAUCUGGUCACUACACUUGUUCGAACAAGACAUCUGAAUUCUGCCAGAUUGGUUUCUCUGAAGAUCUCUGUUCCGGGAAAGUUCUUCAAGAAAGCACUUCAGAGUUCUGCGUAUUAUGAGCACACUCUCCAAGAGGUCGAGGACUUUGCUAGUUUAGUCAGCGAUUGCAUAUUUGCGGAAAAGAAGAGGACGAAAAAGCCUUCGGUUUUACAGUCUUCUGUGCUAAUGCCUGAUUUGCUCCUGGUGCUCGACUCUUUUUGUGGAGUUACGAAACGAAAACAGUCAAAGUUUGUUGCCAAAAAUGACAAAAAGAAAAUUCAUCGUGUUAAUGAUGUGCAGCUUUACGAACUUUCUGAAUUUUUGCAGAAUCUCUGGUUGAAGGAAGCAGAAAAAUCUUGUGACCCUCGUGCAGUGGAUAGAAUGGUUGCUUGGAGCAUAUUUCACAAACUAGACAUUACACCCAAAAUGGCGAAACAGAUUGCUGAUAUCAAGUCGAGGACGCAGCCGCCAAAGUCUUGA